CUUUGGCAGGAGGCAGCGCAAACAUGGUGGUGUUUAGUUUGUUGCGGCCAAAUGGCCCAGCAGGAAAAUAUGCCAUUUCAAUGUUUAAUAGAAGUAGAUCGGUCUUAGCAACAAUUCCGAAGCAAGGCGCAGCACCCAUAAGGAGUAUGAGCGGCAAGCCAGUUUUCAACGUCAAAGCUUCAACGUGGACUUGGCAACAGUUUAAAAAUGACCUGCAUUUUUUUGUUGGGUUAGGCGUUAUACCACUCGGACUUCUAAUUCUCUACGCUAACAUCUUUGUAGGUCCAGCCCAGCUGACCGAAAUCCCAGAAGAUUAUGAACCCUACCACUGGGAGUAUUUCAAGAGUCCGAUAACUCGCUGGUUCGCACACCACAUCUACGAGAGUCCCGAGGAGAAGUACGAGCGACUCGUGUCCUACGUCUGCCGGGAACAGGAGAAGAUCAAGCUCAGGAAGCAGGAGCAGCGCAUGAAGCAGCUCAUGUACGCUCGCGGUGACUACGUCGGCUGGUUCUACAUCCCGUUCACGGACGAGUACCACAAGCGUGCUCGCACUCGCCUCGAGUCCUACAGGAACCAAACGAAGAUCCAGUAACGCAUGCGCGCGUCGUCCGACCGACCCGCCAGGUGGCGCUGUGUCGCGGAGUCGGCCGGGGAGCGGUUUGCCAGUGAUGGUAGCGAGGGCUUUUCUGGUCAGGUGUAAAGUUUCGUGAGAAUGUUAAUGCAUUAGGGUGACGUUCGGUGUGCUGGUGAUGCUAUCCACUAGUACCCAUCUCAGCAGUUGUUUCAUUCGAAAAAUAGUCUUAAAUUAACUCCUGUGUUCAAACUCUUGAGAUAAAUUUGUUAUUUAAUCUAAUAGAUGGACAGUCGGUAAUUUUUUUUACUCCCAUUGCAUUAAUGAGUAAACAACGUUAAACUGCAGCUUUCGCUGUGCCGGUUAUCAGUAGUAGCUGUCACUGAUGUUUCUAUAACAUCAUAGAUUGAUAUCCAGGCUGCAUAUAUUAUCACAUUGUGAGUGUAUAGCAUAUAUUAAAUAAGCGUACAAUGAACGUACAGUCGGGCAUACACACUUGAGCUAAAACAGGUGUUUAAACUGCAAACAUUGUGUCAUUUUGAUAUUUGCGUUGUUGAAAUAUACAUUUAGGUAAAACUAUU